GUUUGACUGGACGCGUUGGAGGGGAGCUGUGCCAUUUCUCUACAGGCACACAUGCUGUGAGCGCUGUCUUCUGUAUCAAGCUGGUUGCCUCCCACAGGAAAGAAAGGGGUUACAAGAAAAGGGGAAAGAGUAAGGUAGACUACAGGCUAAGGAAUAAAACAAGACAUCUGUUGUUUUCGAUAAACCGCUAGCAGCAAUGGCAGAUUCAAGCUUGCAGCUGGAGCAGGCAGCCAUGAAGGAGAUGUCAGAUGAUGAGGAGGUGGCCUUGGCACCUUCUGAAGAUGAGGAAGAAGUCACAGUACCAGCAAAAGAGGAAAAGGAAGAUUCGCAGAUGAACGGGGUGAUGGUGCUGGCACUGCUUGACAAGAUCAUUGGGGCAGUUGACCAGAUCCAGCAGACCCAAAGUGGGCUAGAGACACGACAGCAGGAAAUGGAGAGGUCCGUUACAGGCAUCCAGAGUGAGCUGACCAAGCUCUCCAAGAGCCACACGACCACUGCCAACACCGUCAACAAGAUGCUGGAGAAGGUGCGCAAGGUCAGCGUCAAUGUCAAGUCAGUGCGCACCAACCUGGAGAAGCAGGCCGGACAGAUCAAACGUCUAGAGAGCAAUGAGAAUGAGCUGUUAAAGAGGCGUAACUUCAAAGUCAUGAUCUACCAGGAUGAUGUGAAGCUGCCCUCAAAAUUGUCUCUGUCUAAGUCCAUGAAAGUUUCAGAAAGUGAUGUGGCACAAGGGGAGCCAGAGCUGAAGGAGGGGGCUGAGGAGACUCAGGAGGGUGGUGAAAAACUCAACCUUGACCUAUCUUCUGACGAAGAGGUAGAGGUUGAGGAGAUCAUUGAGGAGUCACGGGCUGAGCGCAUCAAGCGCAGUAGCCUGCAGAGAGUAGACAACAUCAAGAAGGUUUUCUCCAAAGAAAAGAUGGAGAAGACAAGGCAGAAGACCAGGGAGAAUCUGGAAAAGACAAAGCAGAGAACCAAGGAGAAUUUAGAAAAGACUCGUCAAAGGACCCGCGAGAACCUGGAGAAGACCCGACAAAAUAUUGAGAAGAAGAUGGGCAAGCUGGGCACUCGGAUGACAGUGAACCCAGAGCGUAAAGAGAAGCUGAAGUCAUCUAGGGAUAAAAUGAAGAAGUCCUUCACCCCUGACCAUGUUGUAUAUGCCCGUUCAAAGACAGCAGUCUACAAGGUUCCACCCUUCACUUUCCAUGUGAAGAAGAUCCGAGAGGGAGAAGUGGAGGUCCAGGGCACUGAGAUGGUCGAGGUGGCUGGUGAGGAAGAGGAGCCUGUGGAGGGGGGUGAGCUGCUGACUGAGGACAGCCCGGAGAUGCAGGUCUUUCUGGAGACAGCUGAGGAUUCAGAGCUACCUCUAGAUGAGCAGUACCAUGAAGAUGAGAAGGACAGUGACUAGGCUGGGUACCUGUUGAGGGUCAGAGGGGUCCAGAGGGAAGGUUGUCAGGAGCUUCAAUACAAAUACAAUACAAAAAGCCAAUAGGGAAAACAAAGCAGGGAAAAAACAAAGAGCAUUAAAUAUGAUUCCAUUUUGACUACAAAGUAUGAAUACAAAUUAGGACACAGCUUCUCUCAGUUCUAUCAGUGCUAUCAGUAGAAUUUAGUGUUAUUAUUUCAAUCAUAUUGUCACCCUUAUAAGAGAAAGUUUCUCUCAUUCAGUAGGAAAUUAAGGAUACUUGCAAAUGACUCAAAAAAUGUUACUGUUCCUCCCCAUGCUUUCUCUUUUUCCUUCAUAUUUUGUAAACUUUUUAUGAAACAUCCUGCAGAUUCCAGUGACAAAUGAUUGCUUAAAUUGUCAAAACCUCCAACAUGGCAUUGCAACUAUAGGAUUCCCCCAUCAUAUUUGGGGGCUUGUUGUCAGGCAGAAUGAAAACAAACAGAAAUAUCUUCAUCAUAAAUUUGGAGAGUCUUAGGAAAAGGUCUCAGGCUUUAGUCUAGAAUGCUUCAUUUAUGAAAAAUACAGAUUGUGUCCUCCUGAUGUGAGCAUCAAUAUAACCUGCAAAGCAAUCCAUCCCAUUCAGCAGUUUUUGUAAAAGUGCUUCUACUUGACCUUAUGGUGGAUUCGCAGUACAAGUCCAGCCAUAUCAGCUGGAAAAUGUUGCUUCAUUUGACAAUGAUCUUGCAUUUAACAUGGUUCUAUACAGUGAAAAACUGCUAACAGUUAUAAAAAUACAUAGGCUUACCCUUUUUCAAUACCUCAGGCUUACUAAUCAAUAAAUCAGCAGGGUUUUUGCCCGAUAUGAGGUCAUUGUAAUUCCGUAACAGAUGGAAAAAGAGCUGAUGUGACAAUGCCAGUCACAGUGGCUCCAUGUCAUGUCAGCCGGUGACAGGUUUUUGUGACAUUGUUUCAGGCUCCCUUGCACACUGGUACAAAACAGUUGAGCAGUCACAGGAAGUGUAUAAUAAAGUACAUAAAUAAAAUAAUAACGGAAAGCCAAUUGUCUACGUUCGGCGUAUCAAUCAGUAGUUUUUAGGGAAAUCGUUCUAUGGGCAAUGCAGUUGCUGUUGAGCUUUCAGUGAAGCUGAUAUACAGACAGCUUGAUAAAAACAAAAUUAAAACAUUAAUAGUUGGGUUUUUAAAAAUAGGUACAACACUUUCUUUUAGGAAAAAGCUAUGUAGUUGUUUUUCAUCUGGUGUUCAAAUAAGUGAAAGAAAAAACUAAGUAUUAAUACAAUAUUAAAACAAAAACAAUAAAAAUAUUUUGGUGCCAAUAUCAUGAAAUAUGUUAGCGCUCUUGUCACCUAUUUCUAUAGAUGACAAGAGCGCUAACAUAUUUUUAAUAAAUUUUUGGUGGCAUUUUUUCUUUGGAGUCAUUAUAUUUUCCGUAAGAAACAAUGGUAAUUCGACCAUGUGAGCAACGGCUGUGUGUCUUUGCGCUUUGUUCAUUUUCUUGGAAAAAGAACACGGAAAAUGAGCACGUUGACCCACUUCAUUCAUAGGAUCAAUUUUCCUUUUGAAGACUGAGAGCUGUUAGUGAUGUUAGAUUUAUACUCAGUUGUUGAUAAAAUGUUUGAUAUUUGACACUGCUGUGCCCCUCUUAAACUAAAGAACAGAGAAUGAAGGAUCGAUGAAGGACCGAUGACCUCUGUGUACCAACAACACACGUCCACGUUUCGGUGUCAUGUACCUACUGUACUGUGUCAUUAUGCUGUUUAAUGUACUUUUGCAGGAUGGUUAUGGGUCUAGUGGGGUUAGGGCCAAAGUGCUAUUAGUGAUUUUAAAACAUUUAAAAUAUUGGCAUAGUAGCUCACCUGUGAGUUACCUAUAACAUCUCAUACAUUAUAGGAAAGACUACAAAUAGUUAAAUAUCUAAAUAGAUAAAUAUGUCUUGAAGAAAUUCUUAAUUGGUUUUUGGGAGCUUUUAUCUGGAUGUCCUUAGACUUGGUUGGUUGAAUAAACUUUGAUCUUCUAAACUCAUUAAUACCAAGUGGAACAAAUUUCCAUUUUAAUACUUGGUUGUUACACUGUAUAGGUGACACUUAUACAAGAAAACUUUUCACCAGUCUGUAAAUAUAUAGCAUGUAUGCAUGCUCACUUUGACAAUGCCAAUCUUGUGCAUACAGCAUAUACAGUAUACUGUAUACAGGGUUAAGUGCAGUUUGUUGUUACUGUACUCUUUCUUACAGUUAUGGUUGCUGAAAAGUGAUCAGUUGCUACAAACCACAGCAUCAGCCUCAAAUCAGUUAUAUAAAACAUGGCAGGAAUAUCUACUUACUGCUUUGUUUACUGUUAUGUUUCAUGUCUUCUUUAUCCUUGAUGUUUUUUUCUAUUUUUAUGGUGGCUAGACCUGAAUAUUCCUGAAAAGGAAUGUAGUACAGUAUAUUGGCAGUGUGAAGAAUUUCAUCCAUAUUCACAAAAUUAGUGUUAUUCAUUUUAUAUGUUUGAUCUGAGUUUUUAUGAAAGGUAAAGGUCGUCUUGUACUACUCACAGGACCACAGAUUUUUUGCUCUUCAAACCACGUUUGUGAGUCGUUGUGCUGAAAUUCCAUGGAGCUAAACAAUGAGAAAUCAUAAUUCAAGUAACAGAGUUUUUUUUUUGAGCCUUCGGAGUGAAAGAUACUACUUGGGGUCCAUUAGGAAGACAGGACAGAGAAGAGGCUGAGCUAAAUAUACUUCAGAUUACUAUGCUUCCUUAAAAUACAAUAAGAAAUAUAAGUGUGUAUUAAGAAGCUUUACUCUUGAGAACACUGGCUGUUUACAAUCAGUACUUUAGUAUUAUAUUUUAUGUAUGCAUUUAUACAUUUACGUAAUGUGAAUCACUGCCACUACACAAAGGCUACUACAACCUUCUUACUCUUAAAUAACAGAGGAGGACAUUGUAUUUUUCAGUUCUGUUGGUCCUCUUUGGCUCUGCUGAAGGGCUGCGGUUUGUCACUUUUCAAUAUUCAGAGAAAUGAGUUACAUCACAUAUGUGAGUUGCUUGGAAUAAUAGCAAGUAUAUGAAAAAGCAGUAAUACUGCUCAACUCAGUUUCCAGUUUACUUCUUUCUAAUUUAAGUUCUUCCAAAAACGUGUCACAUUAAAGCAUAGAAGAGCAGUAUUUAUAUAGAAGAUAAUAUCUGUAUUCUUCAUGACGUAAAUAACCAUUAUUUAUCGUAAUUAUAAUGCAAUGUCAAACUGUGCUAUGUAUCUAUGUAUGUAUGAUCAUCAUCAGGUGGGCAAAACUAUAAUCUUUCCAAUGAGGAAUAAAUACCGAAAAUGGUAAUGAGCCAACAAACAAACAAUGGCUAAAAUAAUCUUUCCCAAAAAAGAUGGAUGUUUAGAAAUCAAUUUCUUGCCAUGACCUCAUUACACAACGAACACCUGAUGAUUUUACUUCAGCAAGCUGUACCGAUUUCAUACAUAUAAUACGCAACAUUGUGAACUUGUCAGUGCUAUUAAUUUCUUUGAUUUAUCUCGUAUUUCAUUUAAUAUUCUUAGCUUUAUAUUU